UGAUGCAGGAAGAGGAAAUCCAGCAGGGCAGAUGGCGGCGUUCCCCUCGUGACCCAAACUUGCCCAGAACAUCAAGGAGGAACCGCAAGAAGACCAAAAGCAGCCGUGACUGUCGCCUGGAGAGGAAGGAGAUGCGGGUGCGGGAUCUUGGCCUCGGCUAUGACUCAGACGAGAUAGUCCUCUUUAAGUACUGUGUUGGAACAUGCCACACAUCCCGCAAGAACUAUGACCUGGCCCUCAAGACUCUGCUGGACAAUGGGAGCAUUUCUGGCAAAAUGGUCAGCAGUCACCCCUGCUGUCGGCCUACCCGCUAUGAGACUGUGUCCUUCAUGGACACCCAGACUACCUGGCAGACAAUUAAGUGGCUCUCAGCAGCCAACUGCAGCUGUGUGGGCUGACUAUAAAGAGGAGUGUCUAUCUGCAGUUAACAAACACAGAAAACAGAAAACUCUCGUGUGAAAGAGCAGGAUAUUGUGAGGCCUGGUGUCUACUUUGGGUGACUUAACCCGGGUUCAUGUGGUCUAUGACAUGGGCCGAAGAUGGGAUCCACUGCGCUGUGGCCAGGGCUUUCCCUGUGCUGAUAGCUUGGCUGUUGUUGAUGGAGGUUCAGAUACAUUCAGACAGAGCCUGAUGACACCAGCAAACCGUCUGGAUGUCUGCCUCCAGCCUGGGGCCGUAGAAGGUUUGUUUAAAUGCCACCAGCAAUAAGCACAGAGGAGGAAACUAUCAGUACUGUUCCAGUUCAUAGUGUAUACAUAUUUGUGUCCUUUAUUCAGUCUCUUGAAGGCAUCCAGGUGAUGUAACAGCCCUCUGGCAGCCAUGUUUAACAUAUACAGCUCUUUGGCAACAGAAGCCCAGAGUAACCAAUUCAAUUUCUAAGCAGCUUGGCUAUUUCAGAACGGUUAACUUCUGUGUUAUUUUUGACUGGGAGCUGUGUCCAGUUUUCUGAUAUGUUAGCUAGCUAGCUAGUGGAAGCUAGCAUUUGA